AAAAGUUUUAUAUUUAGAUAGAUUCAAGAUGUCAGCCUCCUUGUAUGCAUUUUACCACCUCUCAAAAACGUUUUCUGUCGGUAAUUGACCAAUGGUUACAGACUGUAAAUUAUAAAAUAGAUUACGUUUGGUAUGGGAACUGUAGGUCAUCUCUAGAGAACUCAGGAUAGAACAAAGUGAUGAACGAUUCAUUUGAUGAACAAUUGAUUUAAACACAAAAAUGGGAAUGUCAGACUUAAUAGGAUCUUUACAAAAUAACCCAUAUUUUGGUGCAGGGUUUGGACUUGUCGGAGUGGGAACUGCCCUUGCUUUCUUACGUAAGGGAAGCCAAUAUGGAAUGGUGAUGUUUAGACGUCACUGUAUGAUAACACUAGAGGUACAAAGUAAAGAUAAAAGUUACAAUUGGUUGCUCCAGUGGUUACAAACAAAGGGAAUGAGGACACAACAUAUCAGUGUUGAAACAACAUUUUCUCAAGAAGAAACAGGCAAGAUUCUUACUAAGUUUGAUUUUGUGCCGAGUCCAGGAGUUCAUUUUUUCUGGUACAAUAAUCAUUACAUCAGAGUUGAGCGCAAUCGUGAGAAGCAAAUGGUUAACAUGCAAGUUGGACUUCCAUUCGAGACUGUAACAUUGACAUCUAUAGGACGCAGGCGACAGGUGUAUUACGAUAUUCUGGAACAAUCUAGGAAACUUGCAUUGAUAAACCAAGAAGGUAAAACUUUAAUGUAUACAGCUAUGGGUGCUGAGUGGAGGCAGUUUGGGUACCCUCGCCAGAAGAGACCUAUUGAUUCUGUAGUGCUAGAUCUUGGCAUUGGGGAGGCUAUUUUGAAGGAUGUGCAAGAAUUUACUGGCAAUCAGUCAUGGUAUAUGGAUAGAGGGAUACCAUACAGACGAGGCUAUCUAUUACAUGGUCCUCCGGGUUGUGGAAAAAGCAGCUUUAUUACAGCUUUAGCAGGUGAACUUGACUACAGUAUAUGUGUUCUGAACCUAAGUGAAAGAGGACUGAGUGAUGACAGACUGAAUCAUCUACUAAGUGUUGCCCCUCAGCAAAGCAUCAUACUUCUUGAAGACAUCGAUGCUGCUUUUAAUAACAGGGACUGGACAAAAGAAAAUCCCACAGCCUACCAAGGUAUGAGGCCACUCACUUUUAGUGGUUUGUUGAAUGCUCUUGAUGGGGUAGCAUCCAGUGAAGCCAGAAUAGUAUUUAUGACUACAAACUAUUUAGAUAGGCUAGAUGCAGCACUCAUAAGGCCAGGUAGAGUUGAUAUGAAGGUGUGUAUAGGCCACUGUACAGAAUACCAACUAGAACAGAUGUUCCUUAGAUUUUACCCUCACCAGACUCUGCAGAAGGCUAGGAUAUUUGCCCAAAAAGUACAAUCUCAGAAUGAAGAUGUUAGUGCGGCGCAAGUGCAAGGAUAUUUUAUGUUCUAUAAAGACAAUGCAGAGAAAGCUAUAGAAACAGCACAUUUGGUCCAUGAAGUGUAACACCACUUCAAUUAGGAUUUUCAAAUUAUAUAAGGGAUCAAAUAUCACGCGGUCUUAACUUCGACAGUUAAUUUGAAUUUUUGACCUACCGGAUGUUUGAAAAUCAAGGAUUACAAGUUUCAUACUGCACCAUUUUUCUUCA